AUGGUGGCAGAAGGCAGGGAGAUAUACGGACGUGUGGAUCGACGAGAGAACGAGGAUCGUCAUCUAUCAGAAGAUCGAUGGCACCCUGCAAAUACUUCAGUCCCUGCGAGAAGGGAUCACCGCGUCGUCACACAUCUUCUUUGGCUAUACGCCGAGAAGAGGUCAUGGGCCCUGUGGUUCCUGCCAAAGACCCCUUCGAACCUUCGCCGGCUGCCCAAGAUCGUACGAGAAAGCGGAACGCCUGAAUCAUCUCAUCACACUGGUCACACCGAGACGGGCUGUGACGCACGCCGAGAUAUUGUUCGACGUGCCAUCUAUAGGAGAUCAAUGACUGGGUGCAGGUUGAAUCGCGAGACUUGUUCCCUGAGGAGAUCUGAUUCCAACGAGGUGAGACCUUUGGCUGAGGAGAUGGAAGCUCUGAUGCGUCUCGUAGAUGAUGCCAGAUUCGCAAUGUUUCCCACUACCGCGAAGGGUUCUCAGAAGCAGCCGAAGGUUUGUAGAGAAGACGCCAGGGAUGAGAUGUUUGUGACUGCGGCAAGAGACACUAGGGAGUCACAUUCAGAAGGGGCUGGGCCGCCUUUCGCACGAGAGGAGACGGACCAGCACCGCGUAGCGCACAACGACCACGAGGCACAUGGCCGCGCUCAUCGCAGGCUGUGCGACAGCGACAAGAAACGGACCCACGUGCGGAGGCAACACGAGGAAUUACGGGAGAAACAUCCCAAGCUCGGGCAGCGUCGGAGGAUUGAAAUUGGCGAGGAGGUGGAGGAGGAGAAGGAGAAGGCGGGUUCGCGACUGGGCAAUGCGGGACGCAGCCAAGACCGGCGUGACCAGGAGCAGCGGCGCCACGAAGGGGGAGGGAUGGUCCGCAGGCGAAGGAUUCCCGGAGAUGGCAGUCGGAAGAAGCUUGUAUUCGCUGCAGUCCCCGCUCGCAAUCGCUCUCCCACGAACCCCGUCAAAGGCUCCCCAGGCCAGGUCGUCGGAAUGUCUCUGGGCCCUUCCAGCCCGGAUGCCGGCAACGAGGAUCGGCGGUCUGAAAGGAGACCCGGCAGCUUGCUGCAUGAAGAGGAGAAAAUAUCGGUAUGGGAGGCUCGGCAGGAGACACUUGCUACCUUGGAGGGAAGAAGCUGA